GCUCCGGGUGCCAUCGAUGCUGUCGGGCAGCGGCUGGGGGUGCCUCAGCCUGCCGGACGCGGAGGCGCUGCCGGGAGUGGAGCUGCCCCAGGUGCCGGAUACAAACUCGGCGGCGGCGGCGGCGGCAGCGGCGGCCGGAAACAAUAACAACAUCUGAGGCAUAUUGCUAUUUGAACAUGGAGGAUGCUUUGGUCGUCCCAGUUAUACCUGCGUCAAAAUUUUAUCAACUAACAGUAACUGAAGAAAGACACCAUGUCUCGAGCACGGCAGCCCCCACUUGUAACUGGCAUCUCUCCCAAUGAGGGCAUCUCAUGGACAAAAGUGACGAUUAGAGGAGAAAACUUGGGAACUGGGCCUACAGACCUCAUAGGUUUAACAAUCUGUGGGCAUAACUGUCUGCUAACUGCUGAAUGGAUGUCUGCCAGUAAAAUUGUGUGUCGAGUGGGACAAGCUAAAAAUGAUAAGGGGGACAUUAUUGUCACCACGAAGUCUGGUGGCAAAGGAACUUCAACUGUUUCCUUCAAACUGCUGAAGCCUGAAAAAAUAGGUAUCUUGGAUCAGUCUGCUGUCUGGGUGGAUGAAAUGAACUAUUAUGACAUGCGCACUGAUAGGAACAAAGGGAUUCCCCCCUUGUCCCUACGUCCAGCUAAUCCACUUGGUAUUGAGAUAGACAAAGGCAGAUUUCCUCAGAAAGAUUUGGAGGCACUGUUUCCUGGGAUGAGUGCUGAUUUCACUAGUGAAAACUUUUCUGCUGCCUGGUACCUGAUUGAGAAUCAUUCAACAACAAGUUUUGAUCAGCUCAAAAUGGCAGUUGUGAAUCUGAAGAAACAAGCGAAUAAGAAAAAUGAGGGGAGUCUAGCUUACGUGAAAGGGGGUCUCAGCACUUUUUUUGAAGCACAAGACGCUCUGUCAGCAAUCCAUCAAAAACUGGAAGCGGAUGGAACGGAAAAAGUCGAAGGAUCCAUGACGCAAAAACUGGAGAAUGUACUGAACAGAGCCAGUAACACAGCAGAUACCUUAUUCCAAGAAGUGCUGGGUCGCAAGGACAAAGCUGAUUCAACGAGAAAUGCACUUAAUGUCCUUCAGCGUUUUAAAUUUCUUUUCAAUCUACCCUUAAAUAUUGAAAGGAAUAGGCAAAAGGGUGAUUAUGACGUGGUUAUUAACGACUAUGAAAAAGCCAAGUCACUCUUUGGAAAGACAGAGGUUCAAGUAUUCAAAAAAUUUCCCCGUACUGCUGACGGCACACAUUGGAUUUAUUUCCUCUGCCUGCUCCUAGAUUACGCUGAAGUUGAAACCAGAAUUGAAGCUUUAAGAGAACUUCUGUUGGAUAAACUGCUUGAAACUCCAUCAACAUUGCAUGAUCAAAAACGUUAUAUAAGAUAUCUUUCUGAUCUUCAUGCACCUGGGGACCCUGCUUGGCAGUGCAUUGGUGCUCAACAUCAGUGGAUUCUGCAGCUCAUGCACAACUGUAAGGAGAGCUAUGUUAAAGAACAAAAAGGCAAUUCAUUGCUCCACAGCCCAAUGUUAGACCUGGAUGGUGAUGUGCGUCCAUCUACAAUUGGCCAUCUCAGUCAAACUGCUUCGCUGAAAAGAGGCAGCAGCUUUCAGUCUGGCCACGAUGAUGCUUGGCGAUAUAAAGCUCCUCAGCAAGUUGUAUUUGUUGAAAAGUUGACAAAACUUGUUGUAAGCCAGCUGCCCAACUUCUGGAAGCUCUGGAUUUCUUAUGUGAAUGGAAGCUUAUUCAGUGAGACUGCUGAAAAAUCUGGCCAAAUGGAAAGAUCAAAGAAAAAUGCCAGGCAAAGACAAAAUGAUUUCAAGAAAAUGAUUCAGGAAGUGAUGCACUCAUUGGUAAAACUUAUCCGUGGAGCUUUGCUUCCAUUUAGCCUCAGAGAAGGAGAAUCAAGACAGUAUGGUGGCUGGGAGAUGAAAUCUGAACUUUCCGGCCAGUGGUUAACACAUGUUAUCCAGACUGUAAGGCUUAGUUCUGAGUCUCUUACUGCCUUUGAGAUACCCAAUGAUAUGCUUCAGAUCAUCCAGGAUCUUAUUUUGGAUCUACGUGUGCGUUGCAUUAUAGUGACCUUACAACAUACAGCUGAAGAUAUAAAGAGGCUAGCUGAAAAGGAAGACUGGGUUGUUGACAAUGAAGGUUUGACAUCUUUGCCAUCCCAGUUUGAACAGUGCAUUAUCCAUUCCUUACAAUCUCUUAAAACUGUGCUGGACUGCAAACCUGGAGAGGCCAGCGUUUUCCAGCAACAGAAAACACAGGAGGAUGUGUGUCAGCUGAGCAUUGGGAUCAUGCAGGUUUUUAUAGACUGUUUGGAACAACUGAGCACGAAACCUGAUGGUGACAUAGAUACAGCACAUCUUUCAGUUGAUGUUUCAUCUCCAGAUUUGUUUGGAAGCAUUCAUGAAGACUCAAGUCUUUCUUCAGAACAAAGGCUUUUAAUUGCACUCAGCAACUGCCGCUAUCUGGAACGUCAUACCUUCCUAAAUAUAGCUGAACAUUUUGAGAAACAUGGCUUUCAAGGAGUUGAAAAAAUAACUCAAGUUAGCAUGGAAUCUUUGAAGGAGCUGGACCAAAGACUUUUUGAAAUGUACAUUGAAUCCAAGGCAGAUCCUAUAGUUGGGUCAUUAGAACCUGGCAUUUACGCAGGAUAUUUUGAUUGGAAAGAUUGUCUUGUUCCAGCAGGUGUCAGAAACUAUUUGAAAGAAGCAUUAGUGAAUAUCAUUGCUGUGCAUGCAGAGGUAUUUACCAUUUCCAAAGACUUGGUUCCUCGGGUGAUGUCAAGGAUUGUAGAAGCAGUCUCUGAAGAAUUGAGUCGACUGAUGCAAUGUGUUUCAUCCUUCAGUAAAAAUGGAGCUUUACAGGCAAGACUUGAGAUCUGUGCUUUGAGAGAUACAGUGGCCAUAUACCUAACACCAGAAAGCAACUCAAGCUUUAAGCAAGCUUUGGAAGCCUUGCCUCAGCUCUCAAGUGGAACAGACAAAAAGUUACUAGAAGAGCUACUAAAUAAAUUUAAAAGCAGCAUGCACUUGCAGCUGACUUGCUUUCAAGCUUCUUCAUCAGCAAUGAUGAAAACAUAGACAGCAGCGCAAUGCAGGGAACUCGAAAGGUGAAAAUGGAUAAGCAUCACCCAUUUUCCUGUACUGCUUCUAUUCCUUUGAGCAUUCUGAAGAAAAUGAAAGGAAUUUCAUUGAAAAAGAAAUGACAAGAUACAACUCAGAAUAAUGGUAUGCAGUAUCCUGUUGAGUGCGAGUUCCAUUCACAAAUACCAGGAUAAAAUGAUUUUCUGUCUAUUGCAUUCUGUGGCAUGGAUUAAGCCAGUUUUGUUUACAUACACUCUUCUUAGCUGUAUGUGUGUGAAGAAAUCUUCAUUUAUGUGCUGCAAUGUCAGUUUCAUUUGCUAAAGUACAUUUAAAUAUAUUUUUAGCAAAUGUCACCAUAAUUUUGUGUAGUUAUGCAUACUGUUCAGUGCGUUAAUUCUUACCUUCCAGAUGUAGAGCAAUAUUGAUGUGAUUGGAAGAGUCAACUUCUAUAAGCUAUUGAGAAGCAUGCGAUAAAUAUUACCACUUACAGAUGACCAAUAAAUAUUCAAAUACAAUAUGCAAAAGGAUACUGCUUCUUUUAUGUUAAAAAAUUAUCACUUUUUUCUGCUAUCAUCUCCAGUUUUAGUGGUCAUAAGUCUGAUUUCUUGGGAGGCUUUAUUUGCUCGCAUCUUUCUUAAUUAAACAGAUCUGUCUAUAUUAUUUUUCCUUCUAUCUGAAUAUUGAUGUUAACAUUCGUAUGUGAAAUAAGCUUUCGUUUCACUGGAAAUUAACAGAAAAGUGCUCUGAGUUUAUAAAUGUAAGAUUAGUAGAUUUUUUUAAAAUUGUUUAAGUAAAAUAUUAUUUGGUGUUAAGGAGCAGAAUAGCAAAUAGCCUGUUGCAUAGUCAGAGGUAAGUAAGGAGGAGUACAUUGGUUUUACAGCUUUCUUCUCUCUUGUCUCGUCUUAUUCUUAUAUACAUACUACCUCUGUCUUCCUCUUCCCUCUUGGUAGUUGUUCCUCUUUUCUCCAUCAAUUAUUGAAUUUGUUUGGAGGGGAAUAGGUAUUCAGGAAGAGAGAAGAAAAAUUUUGCUGCCCCUAACAUAUAACUACAGAAAGGUCAAGAACUGCCUUCCCAGCUAAGCGGUGGGACCGGAUUCAACACUGACUUGCAUUCUGGGACUUAAUAUAAAUACAGGAAGCUAUAAUAGAGAGCAACUAAUAUAAAAUUGUUUUGUUUUGGGGAGCUUUUUAAUUUUUUACCUGAAAUUGUGACUCACACAUUAAAUAAAUUGUGCGGUAACAAUGUAUUCUUAUGUACAUUUCAAAUGUGACUUUUCAGAAGCUGUGCACUAAAUUUGCUUUUUUUUUUUUUUUUUUUUUUUUUUUUUUUUUUACUGUCAGCUUUUUUCUUUAGCUAGUUCAUUUGGAUGCUUUAAAACAUACAGUUUCUUUAAAAAGCGUACAGUUCUACUAAUUAUGAAAUACUGCAAGAAACGUUUUGGUGGACAUGUAUGUGUUCAUGAAAAAUCGUGUGCAAGUGGUGAUAGCAUUUUGAAUGAAAGUUUGAAACUUGAUAUACAUGUCAUUAUUGGCUUAACAGAAUCAUUAAACACCUGAAGCGAUGUUUUGUUCGAUGUUACCCAUUCUAAGCUGGUUGUAGUCACAGCUUCUGGUAUUAACAGAAAUCAUUGUCCAGUUCAAUCUGUAAAGCAGCUAGCUUCGGAAUAAUAAAGUAAUAAGAAAGAUGGUCAUAA